ACUCCCAAUCCACCACCUUGUGCACCCACUAACCACUCCCCAGCCGACAUCGACGCCACCGACCUUACCACCCUCCACUCCUCCCCUUCCUCCUCAUCUUCCUCCAUCACUGCCACAACGACGGCCGCUUCGGCGUCUGUCGCCCACGACCUCACCACAGCCACACCUGACACAACAACACGCACAACCCCUGCAACCUCCAUCAUCAGACGUGAGGGCCAGGACUACAUCUGCCCUCACUGCUAUCGCACCUUCACUUCACGCAUCGGCCUGGUCGGUCACUUGCGAAUCCAUCGCACAGGGACUGGCGAACCAGUGCGUGGAGCACCAACCUACACUCACCGCACUCGCCUCCAUUGCCCACACUGCCCUCGCACCUUCAGGCAUCGCAUGGGUCUAUUCGGCCACAUGCGCAUCCACGAGAGCGGAAUUGACCACAAUUCCGAUACAGCCACGACAUCCAACACAUCCACCACGCCCAGACCAAUCCUCACUCCACCGUCACACGCGUCGACCACCACCACCACCGCCACCACCACCAACACCACUGCUUCCUCUACAGCUGACACCGACACCGCCGACCUCUCAUGCCCACAUUGUCCACGCACCUUCACCUCACACAUCGGCCUGGUCGGUCACUUGCGAAUCCAUCGCACAGAGACUGGCGAACCAGUGCCUGGAGCACCAACCUACACCCACCGCACUCGCCUCCACUGCCUACAAUGCCCUCGCACCUUCACGCAUCGCAUGGGUCUAUUCGGCCACAUGCGCAUCCACGACGACCUGCGGUAG